AUGGAGGAAGCGAACCGGAUCAAAGAUAUCCUCAAAACCUAUGAAAAUGCUUCAGGUCAAGUGGUGAACUUUGAAAAGUCAGAAGUUUCAUUCAGCAGGAAUAUGGGGGAGGAGAUUAGGGAUACUGUCCGUAACUGUCUAGGGAUUAGCAUUGUGUCAAAUCACUCUAAAUAUCUUGGGUUGCCGAUCAUGUUUGGACGGUCAAAGAAGGAAGUAUUUGCGAUGGUGGUGGAGAGGGUGUGGAAAAAGAUUAAAGGUUGGAAGGAAAAAUUCCUGUCUUCUGCCGGAAAAGAAGUCCUCAUAAAGGCUGUCGCCCAAGCAAUCCAUACGUAUGUCAUGAGCUGCUACAAGAUCCCGGAGUCAGUUUUCCAUGAGAUUGAGUCUUUGAUUGCUAGAUUUUGGUGGGCGCAAAGCAAGGAGAAAGAAAGAUGCACUGAGUAUUAUGGAGCUAGAGAUGUAGUUCAACGAGGCGCAUGUUGGAGGAUAGGAAACGGGGAGAAGGUAAACAUUCUGAAGGACAGGUGGAUUCCUAAUAACACAGGUUUCAAAAUUCUGGCUGUUGUGAAUAAUGUUGCGGAGAAUGCCUGUGUUAGUGAUCUCAUAGACAAGAAUCUUGGAAGUUGGAAGAAGGAAGCAAUCCAAAACAUCUUCCCUGCAGAGGAGGCGAAGAAGAUAGUGAGCAUUUCGUUGUCAAUGACACCCAAUGAGGAGAAUAUGAUGUGGCACUUUGAGAAGAGUGGAGAUUUUUCAGUUAAAACUGCAUACCACGCCACACGCACACACAAAGAUUCUCUCCAGCCUGGCCCUCCACUCCAGCAAAUCAUAAACUCUAGAACCUGA